UAUACAAUAAAUAGAUGUGGCACAAAAAAGCACAAAUUGCAGCUUGCAAAAUGACAAGUUUUUAAUGUCCUAAUUUUACGUAACAGUUGAUUUUAGAUCAAUGAUUUGAAAAAAUGGAAGACCAAGGACCAGAAGUUUCGUUCAUUUUUCAGUUUGGAUUAAUUCGAGAUAUUGUAACAGUGCCUCAGACAACACUUAACUUAAAAACUUUGAAAGAUUUAGCAUGUGACUUUAUUAAUAGCAAGGUUCCUGAUCAUGGAAUUAAUAAAUUAGAAGAUCGUUUGCUUCUUUUCCGUCAUGAAUACAAUUCUAAUAACAUUUUGCAAUUCGUCAAUUCUGCAUCUGAAAUAACUGAUGAAACACUAGUAGAAAUUAUUCUUUCUGGCAGAUCAAAUCCCAUUCCGGAUGUCUCAGUGGUUAGGCCUCAUGCAUUAUCAGUGCAUUCAUAUAAAACUCCCACUUUUUGUGAUUUUUGUGGUGAAAUGUUGUUUGGUCUUGUUAGGCAAGGAUUAAAAUGCGAUGGUUGUGGCCUAAACUAUCAUAAGCGUUGUGUUGUAAAAGUUCCAAACAAUUGUUCAUAUGUUCUUCUGGCUCAGAACAAAUCUGUUGGUGAUAAACCUCAGAGGUGGCGUUCUGACACUCUUCAAGUGCCGCGAAGUCCCUCUGGUGGUUCAAAUUCAUCUCUGACUUCUGCAAAUUCAAAUAACACCGAAGAUAAUACUUUGUGCCACAAUGCUUCGUCUUCGCUAGGAAGUAACCGUUCGAUUGUGGUGGAUAAGGGGAUAAGUGACCGAGUUCGAAUACCUCACACUUUUGUCUUACACAAUUAUACACGUCCAACUGUAUGCCAGUACUGUAAAAAAUUGCUGAAAGGCCUAUUUAAACAGGGGAUGCAAUGCAAAGAUUGUGGCUGUAAUGCUCAUAAGAAAUGUUUAGAUAAAAUCCCCAAAGAUUGUACCGGGGAACCUUUAAAAGUUACUUCCGGUAAUUUCGAUUAUGCCGAGAGUUCUGCAAGCAGUGAUAGUCAUGUAAAUACUUUGGCAGAAGAAGAUAGCGAUACCGAAAAAUUCACUCCUGUUCCUCAUCAUUAUUCUAAUGGUGCUGCUACAACAUAUAUUGAUGUGAUUCCUGUCCACGAUGAUGAUAACGACUCGAAUCCAUCCAGUUCUUCCUCUUCACCGAGUGCCAACAUUCCAUUACAACGAAUUGUACAAUCAGUAAAACAUACAAAACGUAGAGGAUCUAAAGUGAUAAAGGAAGGGUGGUUGGUUCAUUUUACAAAUAAAGAUAAAACGGUUCGUCGUCAUUUUUGGAGACUUGAUAGUAAAGCUGUUACACUCUUUCAGUCUGAACAGGGCUCAAAAUACUACAAAGAAAUUCCGCUUGCAGAUAUCAUUGCUAUAGACACAGCUAGAAUUAAACAAGGGGGUAUAAUGCAUUGCUUCGAAAUCAGGACACCGAACGUUGAUUACUUCGUGGGACAAGAUCUAUUAUGCGAUUUUCAGACUGACAAGACAGUUAAUUUACCUCCUCCUGAUAGUGGUAUCGGGGCUUAUUUAGCAAAAAGUUGGGAAACUGCAAUAAGACAAGCCCUACUUCCUGUUACAGCAAAUUUAAGAACAGAACCUUCUACAGACAGUGAAGAACAAGUUGCAGACAUGAAUCAGUUGUACCAAAUCUAUCCUGACGAAGUACUUGGCUCUGGUCAAUUUGGUAUCGUUUACGGUGGAGUUCAUAGGCGGACAAGUCGACCUGUUGCUAUUAAGGUAAUAGAUAAGCUGAGAUUUCCAACAAAACAAGAAGCUCAAUUAAAAAACGAAGUGUCCAUUUUGCAAAAUUUGUCUCAUCUAGGGGUUGUUAACUUAGAAAGAAUGUUUGAAACGCCUGAAAGAAUUUUUGUUGUAAUGGAAAAGUUAAAAGGUGAUAUGUUAGAGAUGAUUCUUUCUCACGAAAAGGGACGUUUAGACGAAAGGGUCACGAAGUUCCUUAUAACACAGAUUCUGGUAGCUUUAAAACAUUUACAUAGUAAAAAUAUAGUGCAUUGCGAUCUCAAACCAGAAAAUGUACUACUAAGUUCAAAUGCUGAAUAUCCUCAAGUCAAGCUGUGUGAUUUUGGUUUUGCUAGAAUUAUAGGAGAAAAGUCGUUCCGCAGAUCUGUUGUCGGGACACCAGCAUAUUUAGCACCGGAAGUUCUGCGUAACAAAGGUUACAAUAGAUCCCUCGAUAUGUGGAGUGUUGGAGUUAUAAUUUACGUAAGUUUAAGUGGUACAUUUCCAUUCAAUGAAGACGAAGACAUUAACGAACAAAUUCAAAAUGCUGCUUUUAUGUAUCCUCCAAAUCCAUGGAAAGAAAUAUCUUCCGAUGCUAUCGAUCUUAUAAAUAAUUUGCUGCAAGUGAAGCAGAGAAAAAGAUAUACUGUCGAUAAAUCUCUUCAGCACAUAUGGUUGCAGGAUUACGAGACAUGGUGCGAUCUUCGAACAUUAGAGAAGCAACUUAAUGUAAGAUAUCUGACUCACGAAUCAGACGAUGCUCGUUGGGAACGUUACCAGACUAAUCGACAAUGACCUGAUAGUGGUUGGCUGCACAACAUGAAAAAGUGCCUCCAGGGUCUUAAAAUCUAAGACCGUUCAAAUCUCCCGUUUUCACUUUAUCUCGUAAAUGUUUUUUCGUCACUGUAAGUGUACUAAACGAGCUCAUAUUUUCAACACCAUACAUAAACACAACUCAUGACUAUAAUUACAUUGACUAGGUAUUUACUGACAGCAGAAGACGAACAGCUGUUUUCUUAUUUUCAAAAACGUGAUUAUAAUCAUUUCAAUUAACGUACUGGCUGCUAAAAAUUUUUAAUUAGUACCGUUUAUUUAAUUGUAGUUUAAGUUUUACAAACAACGCUUGCUUUUUUUCAUAUUAUUGAAAUAGCAAUAACAAGCUAAUUUAAAAAUGUUUUAUUUUGACUUUAAAGCAAUUUAAAGAUAGGCGUUUAUUUUAUUUAAAAUGUAAUUACUUAAAAAAGAAUCUUUGCAUUUCUUCACAUAUUAUUGUCACAUUUUUAUUCUAUGACACGUUGCAUUUGAAACUAAUUUUACUUAUCUGUUUCCUACUAUAUAAUUAUAUACUGUAUUUAUUUUUUAUCUCUUUACAUUUAUUAUUAGAAAUUCGAUUUUAAUAAGCAGAAAACGAUGUAUAGUUGUAGCACGAUCUGUGAUUUACGUUUUCAUAAAGCAACCUAAAAUAAGUUGCUUUUAUUAAAGAAAUCUCGUUUUUGUCGUUGUUAUCUUCCGUUUUUCUAUUAUGCUUUUUAUAUACAAUAUGUAUUUUACAAAGUUUAUUUUUGUAUACUGUACUGAUGAUUAAUUAUAAGCGACUUACGUACAGGUUUAUC